UCUCUCUCCACUUGUCCUUUUGUUCUUCUUUCUCCCAUUCUCUCUCCUUCCACUAUUUCUUUCUGUAUCUCUGCCAGUCUAUAUAGAUAGACACAAAAUGGGUUUGUGCCUGUGUGUGUGAAUUGGGUCAGUUGGGUGAGCAAUGAAGAGGUUGAGAAAUAGAGAGAUAUGGGAUUUUGAGCAUGAAAUGCUGGCCGGGGUAGUGGGUGGCGGUGGUGGCAGUGAAGUGAUAUUGGGAUUGGACGGUGGGACUACAACCACUAUCUGUAUAUGUAUGCCAAUCAUUCCUUUCUCUGAUCCUCUUCCCGAUCCUCUCCCGGUCCUUGCACGUGCAAUGGCCGGAUGCUCCAAUCAUAACAGUGUUGGAGAAACUGCUGCAAGGGAGACACUAGAGCAAGUUAUGGCAGAUGCUCUUUUAAAGUCGGGUUCAACUCGGUCUUCUGUUCGAGCUGUUUGUUUAGCUGUAUCUGGCGUCGAUCAUCCAACAGACGAGCAAAGAAUACUAAAUUGGCUUAGGUUUGCUCACUAG